GAAAAUAUUCCAUUCACCCAGUUUUUAAAUCAUGAGAACACAGCCUUAAUGGUAGAUGACUAUCUCCGUACGUACUUUCUUAUAUAUAUAUAACAUCAAUCACAAAAGUGUUAUAUAGUUUAGAACCUCUCUCCAAGUCGAUAUCAGAAGAAGCAGACCAUUCAUUCAUUCCGGUGAAGAACAGUCGGAUGCUUUCUGAAGACAUGUUCAUCUCCACCAACAUAUCAGUUGACAAGCUCUCUCCAAGUUGAUACAUGAAAUAUUUGUCUGUACAAGUGAAGAACUGUUCAAGGUGUGGAGGUAAACUGUGGUUUGAAUGCUUUCUAAAGCUAUGGAGGUCAUAAAAGGUUUGAAGCUAUCUGAAUUUUGGGAACCAUGGCUGCAGCCAGGCUCACCAUGUUUGUGGGAAACUUCAAGUAUUAUUCUCCAACUUGGGUUCCUUGCGGUCUUGUUAAUCGGUCUUUUAAAGAGACUCAUCGAGCCAUCACGGUGCACCCACGAACCGAAAGCCAAGACCCGCGAACCGAACCCAACCAACAUCAAAAUCGGCCUCUCAUACAAACUAAGUCUAGCAUGUUCCAUACUCUUACUUGCAACACAUAUUAUGAUCCCAAUAACCUUCAAAACUAGAAGCAAAGCACAUUGCAAAUAUGGAAUCCCUAUUCUAUCCUCCGAAAUCAUGCAAAUUGUUUCAUGGGUCAUGACAUUGAUCGCGUUAUAUGUCGUCCCAAAACAUAAACAUGUUAAUUUCCCAUGGAUUCUAAGAGUCUGGUGGCUAUGUACUUUCUUGUUAACGGCUUCACGGAUAACUCUUGAUGUUCAUUUUCUAGUUUUGAAUCAUAUUAACCCGGGAUUACUCGAAUACAUUGAUUUAAUCAGUGUUCUAUCGUCUACUUGUUUGUUGUUUCUUGCGAUUAGAGGGAAAACGGGCAUAACUGUAGCUAACCCAAGUAGCAUCACUGAGCCAUUACUAAAUGAAAACAACGAUACAAAACAAGAAAAAAGAGAAUGCCCAUAUGGAAAAGCUUCGAUCUUUCAACUUGUUACAUUUUCUUGGAUCAACCCUUUGUUUGUUGCCGGAAACAAGAAACCACUCGACCAAGAUGAAGUCCCGGAUGUCGAUUUCAUAGAUUCCGGUAGUUUUACCUCUGAAUCCUUCGACAAAUGCUUAGCACAAAACCCAUCAAUUUACAAAGCGAUUUAUCGUUUUACAAGAAAGAAAGUAGCAAUCAAUGCCCUUUUCGCUAUUACAAGUGCUGCUGCAUCGUAUGUUGGGCCAUAUCUCAUCAGUGAUUUCGUGAAUUUUCUAAACGAAAAGAAAACCAGAAGUUUAACCAGCGGAUACCUUAUCGUGUUAGGGUUCUUGGGUGCGAAAUUUAUUGAGACACUAACACAACGACAAUGGAUCUUUGGUGCUCGUCAACUCGGACUCCGACUCAGGGCUGCUUUGAUCUCUCACAUUUACAAAAAAGGGCUUGUGUUAUCGAGCCGAUCAUGUCAAAGCCACACAAGUGGCGAGAUCAUCAACAUCAUGAGCGUUGACAUUCAACGAAUAACAGAUUUCAUGUGGUACAUUAACACACUCUUCAUGUUGCCGAUUCAAAUCACGUUAGCGAUGUUUGUCCUUCAUAUAAAUCUUGGAAACGGAGCAUUUAUCGGAUUAGCAGCAACGAUAGUGUUAAUGUCCGGGAACAUACCUUUAACUCGAGUUCAGAAAAGGUAUCAGUCGAAGAUCAUGGAGUCAAAAGAUGCGAGAAUGAAGUCGACUUCAGAGGUUUUACGUAACAUAAAGACGCUAAAACUUCAAGCAUGGGACACCCAUUAUCUUCAAAAACUCGAAAGUUUCAGGAAAGUCGAAUACGAUUGGUUAUGGAGAUCAAUGAAACUGAAUGCUCUUGCAGCUUUUGUCUUCUGGGGUGCGCCAAUUUUCAUAUCGGUGAUGACUUUUGGAGGUUGUGUUUUAAUGGGUAUCCCUCUCACGUCCGGCCGAGUUCUAUCUGCAUUAGCUACAUUCAGAAUGUUACAAGAUCCGAUCUUUAAUCUUCCCGAUCUUCUAAACGUAAUCGCACAAGGGAAAGUAUCUGCAGAUCGGGUGGCUUCUUAUCUCCGGGAAGAAGAGAUUGAACCCAAUACAGUCGAGUUUGUUCCAAGAAAUCUCACAGAAUUUGACGUCCAAAUCGAAAACGGAAGAUUCAGCUGGGAUCCCGAUUCAAGAACUGCAAAUCUUGAUCAAAUUCAGCUUCACGUCAAACGAGGAAUGAAGGUGGCGAUAUGUGGAACUGUCGGCGCCGGAAAAUCUAGCCUCCUGUCAUGCAUACUCGGUGAGAUGCCAAAGUUAUCGGGAACUGUGAAGAUAAGUGGUACUAAAGCUUACGUUCCUCAAUCUGCAUGGAUUUUAACGGGGAAUGUUCGAGAGAAUAUUUUGUUUGGGAAUGAUUACGAUAGAACGAGAUAUGAGAAGACUGUUAAAGCAUGUGCUUUGACUAAAGAUUUUGAGCUUUUUUCCACCGGAGAUUUGACGGAGAUUGGGGAAAGAGGGAUAAACAUGAGCGGAGGUCAAAAGCAAAGGAUUCAGAUUGCUCGUGCUGUGUAUGAUGAUGCUGAUAUUUAUCUGCUUGACGAUCCGUUUAGCGCCGUUGAUGCACAUACAGGAACUGAACUCUUUCAGAAAUGCCUUCUUGGAAUGCUCAAGGAAAAGACUGUGCUCUAUGUUACACACCAAGUCGAGUUUCUUCCAGCCGCAGAUCUCAUUCUGGUUAUGCAAAAUGGAAGAAUUGCUCAAGUUGGAACUUUCAAAGAACUUUUAAAACAAAACAUAGGAUUCGAAGUUCUAGUUGGAGCUCAUAACCACGCUCUAGAAUCAGUCCUAGCAGUUGAAAACUCAAGUCGAGAAUCCGAGCAAACACAAACCGAUGAAGAACCAACUUUAAUCACAGAACUCGCACAAACUCGGCAAGAUUCAGACCAUAGUUUAUGUGUAGAAAUGUCAAAAAAGGAAGGGAAACUGAUUCAUGAAGAAGAAAGAGAAAAAGGAAGCAUCGGGAAAGAAGUUUACUGGUCUUAUUUGACUUUAGUAAAAGGUGGUGUUUUAGUUCCGAUCAUACUUUUAGCUCAGUCUUCCUUUCAGACUCUACAGAUUGCUAGUAAUUACUGGAUGGCAUGGGCAUGUCCGACUGAUUCAAGUGAUGAGAUAAUCAAUGGAAUGGGAUUCAUUUUACUUGUUUAUACACUUUUAGCAGUGGGAAGUGCUUUCUGUGUACUUCUUCGAGCCUCACUUGUUGCUAUAGCGGGACUUUCCACUUCUGAAAAGCUUUUCAACAAGAUGCUACAUAGCGUUUUACGUGCGCCUUUGUCCUUCUUCGACUCCACCCCAACUGGCAGAAUCUUGAAUCGAGCAUCCACGGAUCAAAGUGUGUUAGAUUUAGAAAUGGCAAAUCGAAUAGGAUGGUGUGCGUUUUCAACAAUUCAGCUUCUGGGAACAAUGGCAGUCAUGUCACAGGUUGCAUGGCAAGUGUUCGCCAUUCUUAUUCCCGUGACAGGUGUCUGCAUAUGGUAUCAGCGAUAUUACAUACCAACUGCAAGAGAAUUAGCACGAUUAGCAGGCAUAGAAAGAGCCCCAAUUCUUCAUCAUUUUGCAGAGUCUCUCACUGGUGCAGCAACAAUCCGUGCUUUCCAUCAACAAGAUCGGUUUAUUGAGAAAAAUCUUUAUUUGAUUGAUAACCACUCGAGACCAUGGUUUCAUAAUGUGGCAGCAAUCGAGUGGCUUUGUUUCAGAUUGAACCAGUUAUCAAAUUUCGUCUUUGCGUUCUCACUUAUUCUCCUUGUUACUCUUCCUGAUGGAAUCAUUAAUCCAAGUAUUGCAGGAUUAGCAGUGACUUAUGGGAUCAAUCUAAAUGUUCAGCAAGCUUCUGUUAUAUGGAAUAUAUGCAAUGCAGAAAACAAAAUGAUCUCAGUGGAAAGAGUGUUGCAAUAUUCAAAUCUUACCAGUGAAGCGCCUCUUGUGAUUGAGGAUUCUCGACCCUCAAGCCAAUGGCCACAAAACGGAACAAUUUCUUUCACGAAUUUGCAGAUUCGAUACGCAGAUCAUCUCCCUUCUGUCUUGAAAAACAUUACCUGCACAUUUCCAGGAAAGAAGAAAGUUGGAGUUGUUGGAAGAACAGGAAGUGGAAAGUCAACUCUUAUACAAGCAAUUUUUAGAGUUAUAGAGCCUACAGAAGGUUUUAUCACGAUAGAUGGUGUAGAUAUAUGCAAGAUAGGCCUUCAUGACUUGAGAUCAAGACUUAGCAUUAUUCCUCAAGAUCCCACCAUGUUUGAAGGAACAGUUAGAGGAAACCUCGACCCCCUAGACCAGUAUCCCGAUGUGGAAAUUUGGGAGGCUUUGGAUAAAUGUCAACUUGGCGAUAUAGUUCGUGGGAAAGAAGAGAAACUUGAAUCUCCAGUGGUUGAGGGGGGAGAAAACUGGAGUGUUGGGCAAAGGCAAUUGUUUUGUCUUGGUAGAGCAUUACUGAAGAAAAGCAGUAUUCUUGUUCUUGAUGAAGCAACAGCAUCCAUUGAUUCGGCUACUGAUGGAAUUUUACAGCAGAUUAUUACCCAUGAAUUUAAGGAUCGAACAAUUGUCACAAUAGCCCACAGAAUCCAUACUGUCAUAGAUAGCGAUCUGGUUUUGGUUCUUAGUGAUGGAAAAAUAGCGGAGUAUGACACGCCAUCAAAGCUAUUAGAAAGAGAAAACUCAUUCUUCUCAAGACUCAUUAAGGAGUACUCAAUGAGGUCAAAUUUCGACACUUUUGUGAGCUAAUUUGAUUGAAGAUAUGUUUCUAUAUGUAGUUCAUUCGAGCCGAGAGUAUUCUUAUCAAAUAAAUUGAAAUGGACAAAUGUACCCUUGGAAUUCUUCAUGUUGUAGAUCAGCUGUAUCAACCCUAGAUUUGCCUUAAAAAAUGCAAGGAGAAUGUUUGAUGAGUCCGAAAAGAUCGAGUAAAAUGUAUCGACAAUUCUUUAUAAAUUAUUGAAGGUAGUCGAAUUUGGUACAAAACUAGAUUCAAUGUUUAAGUAUCUAUGUGUUUCAACAUUUUGGUUGACAAUAUGUUAGAUAAAUAUACAAGUUCCACAAAGAGUACCCAAUAUAUAUAGGAGUGUUAAGGGAG